AAGCUCGUGUUCUUCAUCCGCCACGGCGAGGGCCGCCACAACGUCGCGCAGCGCGACUGGCGCGCCGCGAAGAAGGCCGGCGAGCCCUACACGGUGGACAACGACCCGGACUUUGGCUACGUCGACGCGGAGCUGACGGAGGUGGGUCGGAAGCAGGCGGAAGCGCUCCGGCCGCGCUUCGCGCGGCUCGAGGAGCCCCUGGACCUCAUCGUCACGUCGCCCAUGCGCCGGGCGACGCAGACGGCCUUGUACGCGCUGGACCACAUCUGGAUCGCGAAGGUCCCCGUCGUGGCGCACGAGGACUGCCACGAGACCGGCGGCAGGCACACGUGCGACAAGCGGCUCUCGAGGAGCUGCGCUGGAGAACCCUACAAGAGCCGCGUCGACUACGCGCAGCUCGAGAGCGAGGAGGACCCGCUCUGGCACCCGGAGAAGCGCGAGGGCAAGCGCGCGAUCUGCAAGCGCGCCGCGCGCUUCGUGGCCUGGCUCGGGCAGCGGCCGGAGACGCGCGUCGCCGUCGCCGCCCACUCGGGCUUCCUCCUCGCCCUCUUCAACGCGGUG